CUCCGAUAGAGCUCGACAGCGCAGUGCGAAAGCGAUAGCGGAAGGGGAAAGGGGUGAUUUUACUGAAAUUGUUCAAUUCUUGUCUACGCAAUUAAUCGAGAAUCUUUAAAAAACGAUUAAAUUAAUAACAACGAGUCUGCCUUCGGUGGCGAAGGUUUAUUUUUCUUGGGGGUUAGCCCACUGGGCUCUCUCGGCCCAAAAGCGUGGAGAGAUGUCGAUUCGGACAGCAGUCCAUCGUUUCGUACAAAAUGGUCGGGCUCUACUGCAUUCAUUCAGAAAUACCGAGUGCUUCUACUCUAAUUUCCAUCAAAGGAACUAUCACGACAAGAUACACGUUGUGCAAGUAGGCAAGUCCCAGGGCUGGUUGCCCCAGGGUAAUAGCAAUGUGUCCAGCACAGGAAAACACCUUGGUUACUUGGGGACCCAUGCUCGACGAAUCUUUGUAGAUAACAUCUUGAAGCGAGUCACUAAUAGUUUAGCUGCUGACUUGCGUAGAAGAGCUGCUAGUAGAUUGGUCUUUGGUGGAGACUCAGCUCCUUUUUUUGCUUUGGUUGGUGUGUCAUUGGCAUCUGGUACUGGAAUAUUAACAAAAGAAGAUGAAUUGGAAGGAGUCUGCUGGGAAAUUCGGGAAUCUGUAUCAAAAUUGCAAUGGAACACACCACAAAAUGACAAAAAUUACAAAACAAUCAAAAACGAAGAGAAAGUUCUUAGUUUAAAAGAUUUUAUAAUUGGCCCUGCAAUCGCGAAAGGAUGCUCUGCGGUUGUUUACUCGGCAAGAUUUAACGAUUCUCCAAGUACUGAAAACCAGAUAAACAUUGACGAUAAAACAAAAGAUAUAACUUCAUUUCCAUUGGCGUUAAAAAUGAUGUUCAAUUAUGAUACCGAAUCGAAUGCGUUGUCUAUUCUGAGGUCCAUGUAUCGGGAAACCGUACCAGCCAGAAGAUAUUUACAAAACGAGGAAUUAGCUGACUGGGAAAUGAAAAUGGUCGAGAGGAAAACAAAGCUCCCUCCGCAUCCAAAUGUCGUAGCGAUGUAUUAUGUUUUUGCUGAUAGAGUACCAGUGUUACCUGGUUCUUUGAGAAUGUAUCCGGAUGCAUUACCCGCACGUAUCAACCCUCAGGGAUCUGGAAGAAACAUGAGCUUAUUUCUGCUAAUGAAAAGAUAUGACACUACGUUGAAACAAUAUUUGAGCAAUCACAACUUGAAUAUGAGGGAAUCAAUACUACUGCUGGCUCAAUUACUGGAGGGUAUAACUCAUUUGAAUGUACAUGGCAUUGCACACCGUGACCUGAAGAGUGAUAAUAUUUUGUUAGACUUGUCAGAAGAAGCAGAGAAUUGUCCAUCUUUGGUAAUCACAGACUUUGGAUGUUGCCUGGCGGAUAAACGUCAUGGAUUGUACCUGCCUUACAACACUCAUGAUAUCGACAAAGGCGGGAAUGCAGCUCUAAUGGCGCCAGAAGUAAUUACAGCAGAACCUGGUCCAUUUACCAGUAUCAAUUACACAAAAGCUGAUCUUUGGACAGUUGGGACCAUAGCAUAUGAAAUAUUUGGUAUGAAAAAUCCGUUCCAUAGCGACAAGGAAGGGACUUCUCUUAAAAAUCACAAUUAUAAAGAGACGGAUCUGCAACCUCUGCCUAACCAUAUGCCAACUAUUAUUUCUGCACUCAUUAAGAAUUUAUUGUCGAGGAGCUUGUAUAAGAGACUCGACACGGAAACUGCAGCAACCAUAGUACAAUUGCACUUAUGGGCACCAAGCGCUUGGUUUAGGGGCGAAUGGAAAUUGCCAUCAACUAAUGAAAUUAUGCAAUGGCUUCUGUGCUUAACAACAAAAGUACUUUGCGAAGGGCGAAAUUCCAUGUUACAACUACCAGAAGUACUGGAAAAUGAGAAUGUCCAGGAAGACAGAAAACAGAAUUCUUAUCAUAAAUCAUUUUCCACAAAAUCUUGUGGAAGACGUACCAUGCCGGAAUAUCAAUUAAUCGCUAGUUUCCUUGGUAGAGUAACGCUUGGCAACAUUAGAACUGCUUUAAAAUGGAUACAGCAGAAUGUAUAAUAUACUUUUCCGCGAAGAGAAUGAAAAAUAACAAGAAAGAAGUAUUUUAACGCCUGCUUAUCGAAGGACAUAACUGUUCUAUGUUAUUUAUCGGUUGAAAUGAGAAUCAUUGAAAUAAUUUUAUAUAUUUGAUUUUAUCAUAUAUUAUCGUUAAACGUUCCUCAGUUGUUUUUCCUUAUAUUAAUUUAUUUUUGAUACUGUAAGAGGCACGAAAGAGUCAUAUUUGUAAUUGUAUAGAUUAUUUCGCUGUAAAAAAGACCAGCGGAUAUUAUCGAAAAGAUAUGGUGAUUCUUAUUAUAUUGUGAUCUUAUAGUGAUUCACGUGCCUUGUAAUUAAACGAUAUUAGAAAGUAUUGUAAAACUUAUUUAUUUUUGGCCAUUUUAUUGUAUUCAUUUUAUUUGUCAGAAAUAAAUAAAUCGAUAAAAUAA